CUCUUUGUUUCCCAUCUAUCUUCUAGCUCCAGCUUCAACUUUCUUCUUUUCCUUUCACUACCAGCUCUCAAAAUCUCUGAGAGAAGGUAUGGCGACAAAUGGAGUGCCGAUGCCAAGGAGUCCUUUGGCGAGGAUUCUGACGGACAAGAAGGGAGACGGGAUCUGUCACGAUGACAGUGGGAAAGCCGUUAGGGCUCAGACGAUCGACGAGCUUCACUCUUUGCAAAAGAAGAGAUCCGCGCCAACUACGCCUCUGGAAGGGGCCCAAGGUGUCUUCGCUACCUUGUCCGAGGACGAACGCCAGAGGCAGCAGCUACAGUCCAUCAGUGCAUCUUUGGCGUCGUUGACGAGAGGGACGGGGCCAAAGCUGGUAAGAGGAGAUCCGGCAGCGAAGAGCGCUCAAGCAGUUUCGCAUGUGGCGCACCACCACCAUGUGGAGGCGCCUACCAUUAGCGUUAGUGAUAGUUCACUGAAAUUCACCCAUGUCCUCUACAACCUCUCCUCUGCAGAGUUGUACGAGCUGGCUAUAAAGUAUGAGAAAGGGUCCUUUAUUACAUCGUCCGGUGCGCUAGCCACCAUGUCAGGAGCCAAGACCGGGCGGUCUCCCAGAGACAAGAGGGUUGUUAUCGAUGAAACCACCCAGGAUGAGCUUUGGUGGGGAAAGGGCUCACCAAACAUUGAAAUGGACGAGCACACCUUCAUGGUGAACAGGGAAAGAGCUGUUGAUUACUUGAAUUCCCUGGACAAGGUUUUUGUGAAUGAUCAAUUCUUGAACUGGGAUCCACAGAACAGAAUUAAAGUCCGGAUUGUCUCUGCUAGAGCUUAUCAUUCACUGUUUAUGCACAACAUGUGUAUCCGACCCACUCUUGAAGAGCUGGAGAAUUUCGGUACUCCGGACUUCACUAUAUACAAUGCUGGACAGUUCCCUUGUAAUCGUUAUACACACUAUAUGACAUCCUCCACUAGCAUAGACCUAAAUCUUGCUAGGAGGGAAAUGGUCAUCCUCGGCACACAAUACGCCGGGGAAAUGAAGAAGGGUCUUUUCGGUGUUAUGCAUUAUCUCAUGCCUAAGCGUCAAAUCCUCUCCUUGCAUUCUGGCUGCAAUAUGGGAAAAGAUGGAGAUGUUGCCCUCUUCUUUGGACUGUCAGGUACCGGCAAGACUACGCUGUCUACCGAUCACAAUCGGUUUCUGAUUGGAGAUGAUGAGCACUGUUGGAGUGACAAUGGUGUGUCAAACAUUGAAGGUGGUUGCUAUGCUAAGUGCAUUGAUCUUUCAAGGGAGAAGGAGCCUGAUAUCUGGAAUGCCAUUAAGUUCGGCACAGUGUUGGAAAACGUAGUGUUUGAUGAGUAUACAAGAGAGGUUGAUUAUGGAGAAAAAUCAGUUACAGAGAACACUCGAGCAGCCUACCCUAUUGAAUACAUUCCCAACGCCAAGAUACCAUGCGUUGCACCGCACCCUAAGAAUGUCAUCCUUUUGGCAUGUGAUGCCUUCGGUGUCCUUCCGCCUGUGAGCAAGCUGAGCCUGGCACAAACCAUGUACCAUUUCAUUAGUGGCUACACCGCGCUGGUGGCUGGCACAGAAGAUGGUAUUAAGGAGCCAACAGCAACAUUCUCAGCUUGCUUUGGCGCAGCAUUUAUCAUGUUGCAUCCUACAAAGUAUGCAGCAAUGCUUGCCGAGAAAAUGCAGAAGCAUGGGGCAACUGGAUGGCUUGUCAACACUGGCUGGUCUGGUGGAAGCUAUGGCACCGGAAACCGUAUCAAAUUAGCAUACACCCGGAAAAUAAUCGAUGCCAUCCACUCAGGUAGCCUAUUGAAUGCAACUUACGAGAAAACCGAGGUGUUUGGGCUAGAGAUCCCAACUGAGAUCGAAGGAGUGCCUUCGGAACUUCUGCGUCCAGAGAACACUUGGGAUGACAAACAUGCAUACAAGAACACACUGUCGAAACUGGCUUGUCUGUUUAAGAACAACUUUGAGACCUUCACUAAUUACAAGAUCGGCAAGGGCAACAAGCUCACUGAAGAUAUCCUAGCAGCCGGACCAAACUUUUAAUUCAGGAAUCAAUGACGUUGCGAAUAAACCAAUGGAAUGUGAGAGAAAUAAGGGUUGUGUUUGUAACGUACAUGCAGACAUUAGAGUUAAAUUUCAUAUGUAAAAUGGUUUCUUAUUAUGUAACUCAAUGUUCAGCCUUUGAUGCUGAAA